GCUGGAGUAGUUGUUUAUGAUGGGCCCGGUUUUAUCCCUGUUAAUCAUUUCCUUCGUUCUUUUGGAGUUGUUUCAGAACAGGGUUUACCUUAAGAGACCUCAUUAGUAAAGGCUAUGUGGAUUAUGUCACCCGUUAAUGGGGUGUUUACUUGAACGUUAGUAGCAUGAUGACCUGUGUCAUACUGAGACCAUCCACAGGCUGUCAUAGGUAGUUAGGCUGAAGAGGGCUAUUUGUGUCACUUGUGUGAGCUUGCCAAGGUGUGAUUUCUUUUUUUUAAGAGAAGCCCAAAAAGCAGUCGAGGACAUAGACUUGAUGUAGGGUUAAUGGUAGAAUUUGAAUUGUCUGAGCUGGAUUGCUUGAGUGAGGAGGUAAGUAUAUUCAACUAGAAUUCACGAAACUUUGGAGAGAAUAUGAGUCUACGGUCUUUAUUUCUCAUUAGUGUUAGCCACAGGCAACUUUACUGCUAGAAUUAAUCUUUGGACUGCUUUGGAAUACUGUUUGUGCCCCUGAAUUAGUAAAUGACAUAGCUGCAUGUAUCAGGAUUUCUAAAUCCUGCAUUUUGGGUAUUAGCACCAAAAAAAAAAAAUAAUCAUGCAGUAUGGAAAAAUUCUAGUUAUUUCCGGUAGUAAUUCUUUUUCCAAAUUAUCUAGAACACCACAGUAAUGUGAAAAUAGUGGAUGAGACUUUCAUUGAUAGGGGAUACAACUAGAAGCAAUUCUGUUUGGUCAUUGCCAUUCCAUAAGCCACAUGCGAUAAAACAUAGUUUUCGCUACAUCACCCAUCUGGUACAACGCUUGUUCCAGCAAGAACAGAUAGAAAUUUCAACCUGACAGAGGGCCAAUACAAAAACUUCCUAGAUCCUGUUUGUAGUAGGUGGCAGGAAACUGGGCUUUGCUUAGUUAUGAGAAUUUUAUAGCUGGUAUAGCAUAUCAUUGUGGUUGACUAGCAACUCUUGAUUGAAAUGCCCUGGAGGAAAAGGAGUAAGUGGAAAGGCUAGAUGCCUUUAAAAAUAACGUGGAUAGAUGGAGGAACUCUGUUAAACAUUCUUCUUCAGAGUACCUGUUAAAAAUGUUUGAUAUUGCAGUUUAUCCUUACUAACUUCCCUUUUUCUGUAAAUAUUUUUAGGAGCUUGUACGUCAGGGAGAGGUACUGAAGCGCACAGAACAAAUGGUAGACAAAAUGGACCAGGACUUGAAGACUAGUCAAAGACACAUAAAUAGCAUUAAGAGUGUUUUUGGAGGCUUGGUAAGCUACUUCAAACCCAAACCUCCAGACAGCAAGCCAGAGCAGAACGGAGCCCCUGAGUAUAAUGCUCACAGUAGAUUAAAAGAAGCAAUGAUGUCUAGCAAAGAGCAAGAGUCAAAAUACCAGGAAAGUCAUCCAAAUUUAAGGAGGCUAGAUAAUUCAGACAAUGAUUUCAGCAGAACAGAUUCAGUUUCUUCAGUGCAACGUGAUGCUUAUCCGAAGAAUCAACAUCUGCGAGCUUACCACCAGAAAAUUGAUAACAACUUGGAUGAGAUGUCUUCUGGGUUGAGUCGUCUGAAAAACCUAGCUCUCGGUCUGCAGACAGAAAUAGAGGAGCAGGAUGAUAUGCUUGAUCGGCUAACUAAAAAAGUAGAGACACUGGAUGUCAACAUUGCAAGCACUGAUAAAAAAGUCCGACAACUUUAAAGGGUUCGUAGAAAUUUUUACUUCAGCAUCAGGUCGUCUUGGCUGUCCUAUCUCAACAGAUCUCUCAGAAAAAAAAUCUUGGGCAACAUCUACUUUUCUUCUUGGUAUGUUGUUGAUUUUGUUGUCAUUAAAAUUGCAUAAUCUUAUAUGCAGCAUAAUAUCUUUACCUUAAGUUUUUUCCUAAUGUAAACAAGGUGGGAAAAGGGCAUGUUGAGUAAAAUCUUCAAGCACUUGGUAAAUGCUUUUGGGCUGGAUACCCUGCUCAGUUACAUUACUGUGUGUCGUGUAUAUGGAGGAAUUUGUAGUCCACAAUGCUUCAGUAUCUUUGGCCAGAGAGCUGUAAUGAGAAAAGUAACUACAUUUCCCCUCUGUUUUGGGGAGAGGGUGGAGGAAAACGGAAUGUGCUGCUUGGUUCAGAACAAAUGUUGCUAAUCUUGUUUACCUAGAGCUAGUCUAAAUUCUGAAAAAAUGCUGAUUUCCAGCUGUAAAAAUAGUUCUAUGUGACUGCCCUCUAGCAUUUCUGGGGAUUAAGGAACAAACUGUUCCAUGGAAGUUGUAAAAUAUCAAAGGUAUCAGGCAACAAUGAUAAUAUCCUGUACUUGUUCCCUUUCCUAGGAUGACUUUUCCCAAAUGGUGGAUCCAUAAACCAUGGUGUUUAUGACUGAGUCACAGAAUUUUCUCCUUUACAGUAUUUUCAGUAAAGAUCUGUGAGGGUAUUGUAUGGUGUGCAAGAAAUGUUGAUUGACAGUGACGCAAAAAGUUUGGGUAACAACAUCAGGAUUCAAACUUAUGUGUUCUAAAAGCUUCUUUCAUAUAUAUUGCCACCUUCUGCUUUUUCAUUUUCUGCUGUUUCUCAGCCUCCUCAGUUAGGUGGUUAUUUGAAGAAUAGCUUCUAGUUUAGAAAUGGGGAGUUGGACUGAUUUUGUAUGAACAGUUUGUAGGAGAUAGUUCCUUAAUUUAAUAUUUAUUUCAAACAAAGGUGAUUAGGGAGUGAGAUGCUAUAGUCUCUUAUUUAAUGUCAAUGUUUUUAGGAAACUUAGCUAUGAUUCACAUGUUUCAGCAUUGACUUUAGCAGGUACAAAAAGUUCCUGCAGAUGAUGAAAAGUUCAAAAAUGUUUUUGAGUCUUCCAGAUACAAGUUGGGCCUUUCCAAUUUUUUUUUUUUUUGUACACAUCACAGUAGGGACUUGUGUCGGUAUUGCAACACUCACUAUCACAAAUGACAAUGAGUGGCUAAGAAGUGAUAGUCACUUUGAGCUGGUGCCGUGUGCCUUAUAAAUGAAAGGAUGAUCUUGGGGUUAAGGAUUAUCAGGCUUGUAUCCUUUAGGAACGUGGCAUUCAGGCUCCUUUCUCCUUUCCUUUUUUAAGGGAUUCAUUACUUUGAGCUAACUUGCUGCAAAAUGUACCAGACUCUAAAACCAGACCUAAGAAAUCUUCAGCAUUUCUUCUUUUGCUAGGUCUCAUGAAAGUUCACUCGUAGAAAAAUAAAUCACUAAAGCCCAAGCUACGCUUGGGCAUUGUGUUAUGGAAAAAUAAUUAUUCCUGGGGUUACUAGCAAAGUAGAGUUGUGAAAGAGGUUUAAGGUGAGCCAAUGUUUCACCUUAUCUUACUGAUAUCAUUGAUUUCAGUCCCCGAAAAAAGCUGUGACUUGCAGCGACAUAAAAACUUAUGAAUUAUUGAGUAUCUUUAAUAGCUUUUCAAUUUUCACUAUGUCAUGUAUAUUCACUUGGAAGCUUGAAAAAGCCUAUUAAUAUCAAUAUAUUAUAUACUCUUGCGGGUGUAUACCGUGAUUAAUUCUCCCUUUCUCUGCCAGGAUAUUCAUGAAUGAUUUGAUUUGAUACCUCAAGAAGGCUGAUGCAUUUGUUUUGUAGAUAGAAGGGAUCGUUAGUUUUCAAAACUAUUGAGUACCUUAGUGAAGUUAGGUUGAAAUUUUGAUUGUACCUGUUCUGAUUUCUUAUUUGACUCUCCCCUUUUUAAUUAAAAAGAUGAAAAGAAUUUUUUUUUCCCCAGUGCUGAUUAACAGACAUAUUUGUGUUUUAAGAAGAGGGACUUUUAAGUUCUAUCCACAACAGAGAAUAUUAAAAAAAUUCCCUAAUAAUUAAUGACACUCCUUUUAGUUUGAAAUCUACCUUCAUCUUAAUGUAACUAUGUCACAACUUGACUCUCCAAAAUAAGACUUUGGUAGCUGGGAUGUAGGCUGACAUUUUCUCCACUGAGUUAACGGUUAACAGAUAAGACAUGUAGCUGGAAGAUCUAGUUCUGCUGUAUGUAAUAAAAAGAAACGUGCAGCUUGAAUCCAAGCACAAAUUUCACUUGGUUUAAGAGUGAAUAAGUCACUCUUUUGAUGUAAGCUCUUCCUUUUUUUGUUCUUUUUUCCCCCUAGUCUAAAUUACUUCACAAAAUGGACUCAGUUUUCUUGAUCAGCAGUUUAGUUAUAUCAGCCUUACUAGAAGUUUCCUGUAUCCUGGUUAGGUAUCUUUGAUGCUUUUAAAAAGCAGACAGGAAAGGGGAAUUUCAAAAAAAUCUCUUUUUCUGCUUUGAGUGCCUUGUCAUCUAAGCAGACUAGAAAACCAGGAACUCAGCCAUGUGGAAGUUAUACAAAGGUCUAACUUCUCAUCUCUUCUAACAAUCCCAUUCACUGUUUCAGUGAGUAGCACAUGCCUUUAUUUUCUCACUGCUUGGGCUUUCCUGCUCUAUUUAUUACUUUUGUCUAAUGGCCUUGUUUUAAAAGAUUACUUUGCAUAUUGGCUUUCUUUUGUGGGAAUAAUCAUUUAUGUCCAUACAGAAUCUUUAUCUGCUGCAAACUUAAUUCCCUUUCCUUUCUCAUUUUUCAUAAAAAUGCUUUAUACUUUCUGCUGCUAAAGAAUUUAGGUCUAAGUGACAUGAAGACACAAUACUGUUUUGUAAUAGUGAUUAAAUUUUUUUUGCUGGCUAAAAUAACUUUGCAUCUUGCAGAAAGGGGAAAUUAAAAGGGGGGAAAAAACAAAAAAACCCAUGAUUUUUGCCUUUCCAGGAAAACUCAUCUUGCGUAUGUUACUGAGGACUUAUUUCUAUAACUUUCCUUUUUAGUCUCUGAGAUAAAGUAAUUUUUCUUUCUUGUUGGAUACCAUUGCAAAACUUAUCUUGUGUUAAGGACAGGACUUUCAGAAGAAACUGAAUUUUCACUGAGGUGCUAACUUGAUAAGUUAAACCAACUGUUCUGCCUAAAUAUUCAUGUUGACAUAAGAAUCAGUGUCCUUGCAGCAAAAUAGCUAUGAUUAAUGUUGUUGUUAUUGGCUGGAGUAAAAGUUUGAUAUUAAGUUAAGAAUAAGAUAGCAACAAAAAAAAUCUGUUGUCAUCUUUGUAAAAUGAAGUUUGCUUGUCUCUUUAAAGGUGUGCUAAUAAAUUUGGAAGAAGGAAAAAAAAAAAGAGAGAGGAGAGAAGCAGGGAGAAGUAAAGAAGUAACAGGAAAUUUGGCUACUAGUUUCCUAGGUGUAGUUGAUCAUAAAUUUCUGGAGCGUUGACUUGAAUAUGGUAACAAAUGAUGUUACGCAGCUGAAUUUUAGUCUCUGCUGCAAAGACUUGUUGCUGUGCUGAGCUGUGUUGGCCUACUGAAAUCAUUGGGACGCUAUAUAAUGUAAUAUGAGGGCAUAGUAUGGGUGCCAUCCAGCAUUCCUAGGAGAAACUACUGCCUUUACUCAGGUUAUAUACAAAAUGCUAUCUUUAUGAAUCUGGCCUUUCCCUGAAAAAAGUUUGGUUGUUUAGCUUUUUUUUGUUUUAAUGUGUCAAAUUUAUCUGAAAAAUUUGCUGCCUAGUAGUUUUUAUGAAGUGAUGUAAUUUAUUAAAUGGCGAAAGAGAAAAUACUUUCCAACCACACUGCCUUCAGAACAGAUGGAGUUUUGUAGGCACUUCUAAGAUUAAUGUCAUGUGGAGGAGAUAUAUUAUGUUUGACUUUGAAACUUAUGGAGCUUAAUCGUCAAAAUUGCAGGUAGUAAUUAUUUGUGUAUACGGCUUUUUUUAAUCUUUAAUUAUAGGCCACCCAAAUUUAACACUUUUUAUACAAGUCAGAUUGAAAUGUCUUUUUCUCUUAUUUAAAUGAUAAACUGGACUGUAGUUCAGCCAUUUCGGAUAUUGAAUCAAAUGAGUGCUGAAUGAUAAGAUGGUCAAUAAAGGUGCUUUUUGUUCAUGGA